UUGUGGCAGUAUGAGUUAGUUAGUUUAGAGUAAAGGACGUAUUCAAGUGUAGAUAGAUGUGUUUCAUUUUAGAAAAAUGUUGAUUAUAUAUUUGUUUUGUGCCUGUGUUUUCUUAUUUCUUGUAAGUCGUUUUAAAAAUUAUAAUUACUGGAAAAAACGCAAUAUAGUACAAGUGAAUGGAGUUCUAACGAACUUUAUGUUUAGUAAUCGUGCCUUGGCUGAAGUAAUUAAAGAUUUAUAUGAAAGGUAUACAUCUGAAAAAUACAUUGGUAUAUUUCUUGGAAGUAAGCCUGCAGUAAUUGUGAAGGAUCCUAGAGAUAUACAAGUGGUGACGGGACAAUUUGAAUCAUUUCAUAGCAGAGGAUUAAUGACUAGUGAAAAUGAUGUUCUCGGUGACAACUUACUGUUUAUGGAUGAUUACAGACGAUGGAAACUCAUACGGACAAAACUCUCACCAGUUUUUACAAGCAUGAAGUUAAGAAACAUAUUUUAUAUUUUCGAUAAAUGUGCGAGAGACUUUGUAGACUAUAUUCAAGAAAGUGAUGAUUUCAAAGUUAGCCCUCAUAAAGGCAUUUAUUCUUUUACAACUGGUUGCAUUACUGCAUCUAUAUUUGGAUUGAACGAGAAAAUAAAAACAAUGGACUCUCCGUUUUUAAAAAUGAUACAAGAAGCAGUAAACCCAUCGCUCUUAAAUAACACAAAGUUUAUGAUACGAAAUAUAUUACCGAAAUUAUUUAAAAUGUUGAAUCUAACGGUAUUAGGUGAUAAUGAAGAGUUUUUUGUUGGUGCCAUUAAAAAAGUUUUUAAUGCGCGUAAAACUUCGAGUGAUAAACGAUAUGAUUUUAUUGAAACAUGCUUACAGUUAAAAGAAGAGGGCAUUAUGCGAGACGCUUCAACGGGAUAUGAACUAGAGCCAACUGAUGAAAUAUUGGCAGCUCAAGCAUACUUCUUCUUUGUGGCGGGAGUAGAUACAUCGGCUACAGCAAUCCAUUUCACUUUAAUGGAAUUGGCUUGCAAUCAACAUAUUCUUAUCAAGCUCCAUAAUGAAAUAGACACAGUAUUUGAAGAAUGUCAUGAUAAUUUAACACCUGACGAUGUUGACAAGUUAAAAUAUAUGGACAAGGUUAUAAAUGAAGCACUUAGAAAAUAUCCUCCUAUUGGUAUGAUGCAAAGACGUUGCACUAAAGAUGCAAUACUUCCAGCUGGGAACUUAGUAAUUAAGAAAGAUGAAAUCGUCAUUGUACCAAUUUUGGCAUUACAUCGAAAUCCACAAUAUUUUCCUAAUCCUGAUGAGUUUGAUCCGGAACGCUUUGACAAAGAAAACGUUGGAAGCAUUGAGAGCUCUUGUUACUUACCUUUCGGAAUGGGGAAUCGUGUUUGUUUGGGUGCCAGGUUUGCACGACUUCAAAUGAAAUGUUGUUUGGCAUGGAUUCUAAGAAAGUAUACGCUUAAAUAUAACAAAUGGAAGCCACACUUUGAACCAAGUCCAUUUGCAGUGCGAGAUACUAAAGCAAAAUUUGAGCUUAUCCCGAGAAAAUUGUAGAUAAAAUAUUACACUUAAGUUACUAGGUUCGAUGUAAGUUUCUUAUUUGUAAUCUAAUAAAAUAAAUAUUUAGGAAUGUA